UUUCUCUGUUUUCCGGCGUUUUGAUGGAAGAAGGGCGAUGCAGGAAUGGAUUGUUUCUUUUGAUGCUCGCUCGUGGUGGUGGAAUUGCUGCAGAGCGGCGGAGGCAACGGAGGCAGCGGAUUACACAUUCUCGGUGGUGAAGGGAGGCGAAGAGAGUGGCGGAGCUUUAGAUUUUGCGGCACUUGUGUUGGUUUUAAUUUCUUCCAAGGGUUGAGAUCUUUCAGAAGGUUGUGAGUUGAAGAGGGCGGGGGAGGAGGCGAUGGUGGGAGAGGAGACGAUGGACAGGAGUGCGGAUUUGAUGGCGGAGUAUGUUGAGGUAUCCAAGAAUCCAGCUCGGAAGAGAGUCAUUAUCGACACGGAUCCCGGGAUUGAUGACAUGAUGGCAAUUUUUAUGGCUUUUGAAGCUCCUGGUAUUGAAGUGAUAGGACUUACCACCAUUUUUGGGAAUGUAGAUAUCGAUUUGGCCACUAAGAAUGCUCUCCAUCUGUGUGAGAUGACAGGUCAUCCAGAGAUACCAGUUGCGGAAGGACCCUCUGAACCGUUGAAGCGGGUCAAACCUCGAAUUGCGUAUUUUGUGCAUGGUUCGGAUGGCCUUGGGAAUACAUUCCAAGCCAAUCCCAAAGGCCAAAAGUCAUCCAAGAGUGCCGCAGACUUUCUUCUGGAGAAAGUAGCAGAGUUUCCAGGCGAAGUAACUGUAGUUGCUCUAGGUCCCCUCACCAAUAUUGCACUGGCCAUCCAAAAGGAUCCAAACUUUGUCAAGAACAUUGGGCAAUUGGUUGUCCUUGGGGGUGCGUUCAAUGCAAGUGGAAAUGUGAAUCCCGCUGCAGAGGCCAAUAUAUUUGGUGACCCGGAAGCUGCAGAUCUUGUGUUUACUAGUGGUAUGGAUACUCUUGUAAUAGGCAUAAGCCUGACCACUCAGGUGAUUUUUAAUGAUCAAGACUUGAGUGAAAUAAGAGAUUCAGGCGGAAAAUACGGAAAAUAUAUCUACGAUUGUUGUCGUUUUUAUCACGACUUUCAUUUAGAGUCUGAUCAUUUUGACGGAAUCUUCUUACACGAUCCUACAUGUAUGGCAGCACUGCUCGACCCCUCUCUUUUCACUUACAGAAAGGGAGCAGUGCGAGUUGAAACUGAAGGGCUUUGCGUGGGCUAUACUCUCCUUGAUAUGGGACUGAAAAACAGUUGGGUGGGGAAGAACCACUGGACUGGCGUACCCCUCAUUGAUGUCGGAAUGACUGUUGAUGCUGACGGCGUUCGAAGCCUCGUGAAGAAACUCCUGUGCAGCCCUUGACAGAGGCGGUGGAUUCGUCACCCCCAUGAUGUUGUUGGGGAUGGAGGAGUCGAAAGCAACAAAGGAGUUGCUCAGCAAUUCCUCUCCUACCACAUCUGAACUCGACAACGCGUGCAGCUGCAGGCCGAGUUUAUGCCAUUCUCGGACCUCUUAAAUUCUGGAGCAUUGAAGAUCCUUGUGGAAAGUGGCACUUCCUAAGACGUGUCUGUCAGUAGUCAAAACCUCCGAAAGGAUUUUUUGAUAUUUAUGGACUCAGCACAAGGUGUAACGCAGUAGGAGCAGUGGGAUGAUUCAUCCACCCAUUCUAAGCAAUGUGUAAAUCAUAUCAAUGAAACUGAGAGCCUGCAUGAAGCCAUGUGUUGUGCAA